AUGGCGCCGCAUAUGGGACAAGAUGAGUUCUUCUCAUCACUCGCCGAUCUACUCUCCAAGACUUCGCAAAAGGCCCGCGGAUCCGUCAUCCUUACUCAAAAGCCCUUGAUCGACGUCCCCGGUGCCACAACUACAAGCGCUCAACCAUCAAUCCUCAUCCGAGCCACCGAUGGAAACACCAAUGCGCCCAACCCCAAGUCCGCAAGCAAAGACGGAAAGAUAACCAAGAGCAAGUCCACAAAGAUCAAGAUCUCAACAGUCGUUAACCCCGAAGACCUGGAGGCCUUUUACACUCGCUAUGCGGAGGUUUGCAAGGGAGGCAUGACUGGCCUGAAGAAGCGAGACCGCCGUGGCCGCAAGGCGAAGACUAAGGGCGGAGCUGCUAAGGCCACCAAGGCCUAG